AUGCUCUCCGGAUCGACGGUGCUCGACUCAAUCGCGCCGAAAGCCGCUUCUAAGGGUCCUAUAGCUGAAAAGGAAAAUAACGUACCCAUCGGAUAUCAGCAAACGAACAAAAUUAUGGUGGAGCAAAUUCGACAAUUGAAGCUCGAGGUGGCCAACGGCAAAGGAAAAAUCGAGGAUCUGCGAAAGGAAAACUUCCGACUAAGCGAACGUUCACGCGCUCGAAGCGGCAACCGAGAA